UACGGUUACGAUGACCAGGCUAGUACCUUUCUAAUGGGAAAGAUAUUCCCGUCGGAUGUGAAUAUCGGCAUCCUGACCCGUUUGCCUUCGUCGUCCGUGGAAUUUCGGUCUCUCGAUCCAAGUACGCCAAGCAAGUCUCUCCAAGCCUUGCAGAAGCCUCCUGGACUGAGUGCUGAGUGGAGUAAAUCUACUUCACAUAUAUCCCUGAUAAAGAACAUCGACGGCAAGGCGCAACUAUCCAUUGGCUUGCGGACCGAGUCGGAGUUGCAACUGUAUCGUUUCAACGAGAAAUACGAAUUGGUGAAGCUGGCCACUGUGUUGCAGUUUCCACCAAUUGCAAAGGAGUACGAUCGGAUUGUUACGAGGAACAACAAUCUGGUCAGUAAAACGUUUUACGGCGAGUGGAACGACGACCUGCCAUUCGUCUGUGGGGAUCGCAUUCCUAUGAAUCAUCUCACAGGAGUUUUAAGUAGCAAGAGUUUCCCGCAUGAAUACGGCCAUCGAUACGACUAUGACGAUCAUGAUCAGAUGAUGAAAGCCAAGUACUUUCACGGCAAAGACGAAUUGAAGCUGACCCCUCUGACGCACAGAAGCUUUGCACGAGAGAUCCAGUCAAUCGAUGAGCCUAAUUCGAAGAAAAUUUGGGAUGCAUUGACAGCAAGUGAUUUUCUGAGUACAGACUGUACCAAUCCAGGCCUUUGCCAUGGUCGGCAGGGAAGCAAGUCGAUGUUUAAGACGUUCGUUCAACGGCAUCGUUUCAACAAACACCUGGAGACUAUGCUAUCGAAAGCGAUCGUCGAUAGGAAGGCGUUGAGUGAGAAGGAUUUUAUGGAUAAAUGCCAAAGAUGGAUCGAAGGAUCUCACGUGGUGAUCGCCAGAUGUGAAAGUGUGAAAAAGACAUUGAAUCACAACCGUGUGCUAGGAAACAAUCCGCAAGGGCCAUUGUCGACCUUACAAGAAGAAUUCGUGAGUGUCCUGAGGAGCUUCUCACAUCAAAUUCCAGACAUUGUACGUGUGUUGACACACCAUUUCGCUACGGCUCUCGGUCGGUCGGCUGGAGAUGUUCAAUCGUACGAGAUCGAUGCGAACGGAAAUCAUCGAAUGUUUUACACCGGAUCCACACGUUACCGUAUGGAGUACCGUGAAGGCACCAACCAGAUCACCAAAGUGCAUCGCCUGAGUCUCGAUCGUGAUCAGCGUAAAGAACAAUCGUUCGAGAUGGAGCACAACAGCGAUGGAGCGGUAGUGAAGGCGGAACACAAAGGUAUUAAGAAAAUCGAGUACGAUCGUAUUUUGCAUCGUGUUUCGAAGAUCGAGAUGCUUGAUGGGCGCAGACUGGAAUACCAGUACGAUGUCCGGGGAGAACGCACGUUCAAGAAGGUGGUGAGUGCCAAGGGUUCCGUUUUGCAUGAAAAGUACUACAUCAGGAAUGCUGAAGGAAUUGUCCUGGUGGACAUGGAGAUGACUUAUCUGGAGAAUGAUCAACCACCGGAUGUAAGUGUGACAAGUUACAUCUACAAGGAUCAACAGUUGAUCGGGUUCAUGCGUGACGAUCAACUGUACAGUUUGGUAACUGAUCAUGAGGGAUCGGUACGGGUGGUCAUUAAGGACGGUGAGGUUGUAGCCGCUUAUGACUAUCUUCCCUAUGGUCAAAUAUUCCGGCAAUAUGGUUCCGACUUUGAUGGACGUAUAUCGUACCUUUAUACAGGCCACGAAUGGGAGCCAGAAAUUGAACUGUACAACUACCGAGCGCGACUCUACGACCCUGAUAUUGGGAGGUUCUAUCAGAUGGACCCCAAAGAGCAGUACGCCAGUCCCUAUGUGUAUGCCGGGAAUUCUCCUGUUUCGCUCGUGGAUCCGGAUGGUGAAUUCGCCUUCGCAUUGGCUAUAUUCAUCAUGGCUAUAGUUGGAGCAUAUAUCGGAGCGUCUGCCGCCAAUAACUCCUGGAAUCCUUUGAAAUGGGACUGGAAAUCGUCGUCGACUUGGUUAGGAAUGCUUACCGGAGCCAUUACUGGAGCAUCCAUACCGUUCAAUCUGGCUAGCUCCGUGGCAUUCUUUGUCGGGUUGGGAUUGUCGCUGGGUGCGUCGAUUGGGAUCAUGAUCGGAGCGGGAAUCACCUUCGCUUAUUUCACGAUUGCAGCGUCUAGUGGCACAUGGGAUCCUACUCAGUUUGAUUUUACAAGUCCCAGCACCUGGAACGCACUGAUGAACGGUGUGGCAACAUCGUCCUGGAUUCUAAUGAAUCCUUCCUCUUUGAUCACCUCUUUCGCAUCACUAACGACAGUGGUAGCCAAGGCAAUAUUUUUCGUCUCCAAGUUGGUACUGAGCCUUGGCUUUACGUAUCUCUUUGCCGCCAUGAGCCAGGGCGGUGAGUUCGACGUGACCAAAUGGGACUUCUCCGAUCCGCAGUUAUAUAUGAGCAUUGUGGAUGGGUUUACUACAGCUACCGUUGGUGUGCUGUUUGUUCGUAACCUGCCCAAGCAGAUUAGCAAAUGGGGUGGCAAAAUAAAGCGCUCGUUCGACUUAAUUGCUACAAAUGCGGCCGCUUUCCGAACUCAGCUGUUACUCGGACAGGAUUGGGCUUCCAAGAUUGUGGCCACGAAAAAUUUUCUCGCCGUCAACUUCCGCAACACACGAUCACUACAGAAAGGAUUCCUAACUGUGGGUUUCUACGCACUGAUCGUAGGGCUACGAUUUUCUGGAGUUACGACCAGUGUCAUUCCUGCGUACAGUGCAGUAGAAUCGACUAUCAAUUUUUCAAGCAAUUUUAGCCAAAUUCAGNNNUGGACCAGGCGCACCAUCGAGACAAUUUCAACGAUCGACAUCGUUGGCGAUGGGAUGGAUGAGCUGUUCGCCUCGGGACCGAAAGGGCUCUGUUUGUACAUGCCGACCUUCAACAACGAUGGCUUCGAACUGGCCAACGUUUUCGAUCCCACCAUUGCCGAUUUAUCGAUACGCUACGGACUUCCGAAACUCGCUUCAAAAGGAGAAAGAAAAGAUGAACACAACGUGUUGCUGUAUACGGGAGAAAAAUUGAUCAACGUGAAAACCAAAUUAUACCAACCAAAACCGGACAUAGUACCGUACGUUGAGUCAAGCUUAAGCAAGACAGAUCACACUAUUCCGCUGCUCGUUCCGCAACCAAAGUACAUCCUAUGGCUGCACGAUCAUCUCGAUCUAACGACGCUGCUGCAACCUCUGAACCCACAUUCAGGCACCGUCGAUCUGUCAAUACCCUUGAUCGAUAUACAGAACGCAUACGGUGUAAGUGUGCGGAAGAUGGUUCAGUACAAAAACGUCCCCUACGUAGGAUGUCUCGGUCGUGGAUGGUCUCUGCCGCUCGACUACAUUACCGUCGACCGCAAAGAAAGCGGUUUCGUGCAAGAUCAUCAGUAUGCAAUCCUUAAGAACAACAAUCGCAUCUUAUUGAAGGCUCGUCCUACGAGAGAUAAAGGAUACGAACGACACUUCACGGUGGACGGUUAUCCCAACGCCCAGUUCGUAUACUACGAGGACAAACAGAUUUGGGAAGUGAUGAUGGAAGACCACAAGUUUGUGUACGGCUUGUGGAAAAACCUUUCGGCCUACACAACUGAGAAAGGGUGUGGUGCGUGGCCAUUGUGUGGUAAAAAGUCCAAAACGGUACGAAGCCUGCCCUCCAAAUGGUUCUUGGUACACGAGGAAAACGCAGCUGGUAACUACGCCAGUUAUUAUUACGAUGCGCUGAAGGGUGGACUAAGUUAUCGGUUGGCAAGCAUACGCCUGGACAACCAGUGCUACGUGAACUUCAAGUAUGCGAGCGAUAAUAAGCUGACCAGCUUCAAGCUCUCCACGGAGGCCUUCGAGCAGAAUGUGAGUUUUUUGUAUGACGGGAACAAUUUAAAGGAGAUCAAGCAGGAGGAUAAAUCCCUGUUUAAAUUUGAGUACGAAAACAAUCGCCUUUUGAAGAUCUUCUAUCCAAAUGGUAUGGAUGUAAAGCUGGAUUACAGCGUCGUAGUGAUUGAUCGGAAACGCUUGGAGGAAGUGAUUCCUGUGGAAAAAAAUCCGUUGAUCUACUAUGGACCGGACUACAGUGUCAUCCUGACUACCGAUGACGCAGGCGGUACCGAGCACAAGGCGAUCACCAUCCGUACUCUACUUGGAGGUACUGAUAGUACAAAGGUAACGAAGAAGAAUAUACGCCUGGGGAAACCAGGUAUAAAAAAUCAGACCGUUUUCGCAAUAGACGAUCUUCUCGUCGUUGUCCUGAUCUACGAAAAGUAUAAAGAGGUGACGGUGCUGCAGCAUACGAGCGGUGACUGGGUCAUACAAAAGCAAUUCAAUGAGUUCCCGUUGCUCGGUACGAUCGGUGCGGGCAAGCGAUUUGUUGUGAUGUGUGACUUCAAAAUAGUUCAGGCUAUAUCGAUACUCGAGAGCGGAACGCUCGAUAUCGCUACGCUGCAGAAUGUAAACCACGACGACUUUCUGUUGCGUGAGUUCGUGAACGGCUUCGUGACGUAUGAGGAACCUUUGAUGAAAGAUGGUGAGCUAACAAUAUGGGCGAAGACCCAAAAUGAUCGCUGGACAAAAGUCAAAACAGUACCGAAGUUGCGUAUUUUCAUGGAGGUCGAACGGACGACGCGAAUGUUCGAAUAUACAGACGAGCUCCGCUACAUAUUCCGCAAUGGGGUGCUAGCAGAUGCGCUCACAAUAUACCAGAAUGCGGUGGUAAUGCGGGCGGUCACUCUGUUGUGGCAAGUGCUAACUAUAAACCUGCAUAUCGUGAACUUAGAUUUUACGAAAACCUUGCCCGAAGUUAGUGCUACACAGGACGUCGCCAUUACGGUGGCUGAUUUUCGAACGUACGAGUACAACAUGACCACCAAAGACGGUGACUUAUUCAAGUUGCAGUACAAACACAUUGGUAGUGCGAUGAAGAUGAGCGUGAAAAGUUCCUCCGGUCCGCUAAUGAAUAUGCUCGAAGAUCAGCGGAAAAAGGCAUACAAAGAGGUCGACGACAGUGGCGCAAACCGGAAUCAGAAAGAGCAACAUAAAAAGGAAGUAGACAAGAGUUUGGAGGAGGAGUUGCAAAAGAUCUACGGUACAGUCGUAGAGAAGGUCCAGUUCGCAAUGGACUUGUCACAGUUCGGUGUGUUGACGAAUCCAAACGGAAUCGUCACUGGCAACACGCAGCUCACGUUCGAUGGCGAGACCUGGCACCAGAAGCGCAUCGAUGAACGCAGCAUGCGCCUUGAACAGGUCGAUGAAUCACUCGGCGGAGGUUUUAAGCUAGUACGUCAUGGCCAUCGGGAUACGUUCAAGAUCUACGAUACGUCUCGGAACAAGAUGGUGUUCGACACCGAAACUACCAACCCUAAUGAAUUACAGAUCGUGGCACCACGAUAUGUACAGGCACAGAACGGGGCCAGACCAUUACGAGCCUAUUUCUUCAAAACAGGUGAAACUGUUAGCUUCCCGCGUAACGAAAAGAUUUGCCGCGCCAGUAAUAGCGUCGCCCUGGUGAUGGUGCGUUCCUUUGGUCCGUCCGCCAACUACGUCAUAUUUCGUCCGGUCGAUUCAUUCCUGUUGAAGGACACUACCGUUUUCAGCGGUCAAACGGUUCGUCUGGAUGCCAAGGAGACGCGCGUUACAAGCUAUUUGUUCGAUGGAGCUGAUGCGCACCUUUCAAGCGAAGGUGCCAUGUUUUACCGUGUGCGGAUCGCACCAGGAGGAAACACGACGCAGUACGGCUGGCAUGAGCAAAAAACUGACUCCAUAACUGGAAAAACAAUUGAAAAGUCGUUCUCUGGUGACGGGCGUGAAGUGACGGCACGUGAAAAGAAAGACAGAGAUGAGCAGGCUACAAGUGACAACGAAACAGUUAUCUGGGAUCGCAGUCAGCAGUUAAAGAUCGUCGAGCUCGGAUAUUUUUCGGUAGCUGAUCAAACCGUCUCUUACUACGGGUUUGAGGAGUACGAGGUGAACCGCUAUGGUGCCGUAAAAGACAACUUGAGCUGGAAGUUCAACAAGAGGGACAUUUAUUUGGAGGGCGAAAACCACUAUCUAAAACUUCUCCAAGGUCAACCAAUGAAAGGUUCUUUUAGGCCAAAAAACCCAUUGAACGUAUUCAUCGUUUCGUGCUGGGUUCGAGUAGGAGAGGGCCAGUCGGUGCGCGAUACCAUCGAUAUCCUAAAAGUAGACGUGGUCAACGAAGUAACCCGCGAACGCCACAGUUUUGCAGAGGCGAAGGUUCAGAAAGCCAUCCAGAAUUGGUACUACAUCGAGACGAUCAUCGAUACAAUGAAAUACCCACAGCAGUCGAAACUGAUGAUAGACAUAACCUUUGAAGUGACCGCCUUAUAUAAAACGGUAUGCAUCGAUCACGUUCGCUUUUCGCCGUUGGACUUUAAUUUUCGAGCAAGCAUCUACACGCCUGUAAUGGGAGAACUUCGCGCCAUGCACUUCAACAACGGUCUGCUCAAGCAAAGUCUAUACAGCCCUCGUGGCAAGCGGUCAAUACUUUUGUCUGAAGACGGGUACGUAGUGGAUCUUGCACUGCAGUCAAGGGCAGUAUUCUCCGAGGCGAUCGGUGCAAGACAGAGCCUGGUAGAGAUGAAACCGCGAAGAGGUGUGUACGAUCAUUUCGAAGAGUCCGAAUGGAAAACGGCGAAGCCUAAUGAAUGGUUCUUCCGGUACGGUACGCUUAGCCACAAGAGUAUUUCGGGCGAGCAAGGAGAAAUACUGAGAGCGAUCAAAGGACCUUUUAAUUCGGUGGCCAUCCGUUUCAUGUACCAUCUGAAGUCGAUCGAUGGAACGCUAUCGUUCAAAUGGAACACCCACCACUUCGGACUCAUCUGUGCCACUACAACUCACAAUUGUCGUCGUCCGUCAGACAUAGGCGAAGUUGUAAUCUUCAUUACACCGCUACGUGUGUCCGUUUGGGUCGAGGGAAGUAUAAUAAGUGAACGGGUUGUGUCAACCGGACAAGAAGUAGGUGCUAUCGACAAGGGUGAACUACGUCUUCUACCUUCGGGACAUUUUACGUUUAGCGAAUUCUUUACGCUCUACGAUCCUUGGGUAAAAGUGACGUAUCACAACCGGAUGGGUCGCCCGGUGCAGUUGAUUGAGUAUGACAGUCCGCGGACGGUACGCAUUCGUGAGAUUCUGUACGACGCAAUUGAGCGGCCGAGAAUUCAGACAAAGUGGACAAAGUUAAUGUGUGUAAGGGAUACAUUCUUUGGCUUCCACGAGGAGUUUGUCACAGGUAUUGCUAGGACUACUAAACGUAUGACUGGACAGGUUUCGGCAUUCAACCCGUCCUGCAAGGGCUAUCCUUACUCUCAGACCGUCUACGCAAACGAUCCAACCGAAAACAAGGAGCUACAGGGUCUGCCAGGCAUAGACUACACGGUUCAAGGAAAGUACAAAAGACGUUACUCGACUAAACCAGAGAUGGCCCUCUUGAGAAUCCUGUUUCCUGAAGCCGAUGGCUAUCGGCAGAAGAUUGUCGAACGUCCUGGUAGUGCGAUACGCGCCACGGUCGAAGAUCUCCGAGGAAAUAAGGUGGCAAAGUACUGGAAAGUUGGCAAUUACGAAGAUCGAUUGACGACAUAUACCUAUGACUCCAACAAUCAUUUGAUCGAGGAACUGUCUCCGCAAUAUCAUGCGUUGGCGAAAACUAAGUCUAGUGGAAUACCGUUUCAGAAAAAAGUGUAUACAGCCGAGGAGAUGAAACUAAAAAACCUCUGGAAGUUUGCGCAUACUUACGACGGGGAUAAAUUGGUGACCAAACGAACACCAGACGGCGGUAGUUAUGAAUACAUCUAUAACCAGCACGGAAUUCUACGAUUUUCGCUACAUUACGAUAGAACGAACAAACUCGACCGAGUGAUCCACUUCUCAUACGCGGCCAACAAGAAAUUAACGCGCGAGGCGCUUGUAGAUCUGACUCGAGACAAAUGCAUCAAUAUUGUAGACUCCACCACAUUGCCUGAGUCUAACGACCUGAUCGAGUCCACAUACGGCGAAUUUGAUGUCAACCCAAUGGUACGAUAUCGUUCGCAGCAAUCUACUCGACUGAUCGGCGCGAAUCAGAUGGUCGAGAGUUUGAUUUAUGACGAAAACGAGAAAGUGACCAAGAAGAUAUUUGUGGUUCCCACCAUUAACACGACGUAUUCGAUCGAUUACGAGUACGAGAACAAAAUGCUGCAUUCGCUCAGCUACCCAGUUGACUCGGCGUCUGGGCCAUUCAAGAUAAUUUAUAACUACAAUGGGCACGGAGAAGUAGAAACUAUCCGACAGUCGAUUCGGAAGGAUCCUUUGUUCCGAUUCACUCACAACGCAGAUGGAGUGGUGGAGACGAUGACGGUGCAACCAGGGACGGAACACUCCUUCCAGCGGAACUUCACCUAUAAUGAACCAGGUUUUCUGGUGCAAAUUGACGAUAAAUACCUUAGCGAGACGAUCAGCUAUCUUGAAACGGACUCUUACGGCCAAGAUUCGUAUACACCAAUAUACGAGGGUUUGAUCUCGAGGACAUUUUUCACGGCACAUUGGCAACAAUCG